GUCCAUAGCUCAAUUCAGAAACUAGAUCAUACAAAGUACAAACGAGAGAAAGCGGAAAGUGAGGCAAAUAUGGUAGGGAUGGAGGAAGAGGAGGAGGAGGAGCAACGACGGCCGCCGGUGAGCCCAUUCGGCGUCUACUUCAACAGCUCGUCCAUUUCACUGGCCGUCCUCGCCGUUUUGGAAAUUGAAGAACCGAUCAACAUCCCUCACUCUCGCCUCGUUUUCCUCCUCGACACCCUCCUCCUCCGCGUCCACCCUCGUUUCUCCUCCGUCAUCGUGACGGGAAAGGACGGGGAGCAACGGUGGAAGAGGGUGGAAGUGAACCUCAAGGACCACAUCAAGACCGCCGUUUUCCCGGAGAACAGGUCGCCGGAAUACUACGAGGAGCGCUUCAGCGGCUACCUGUCGGAGAUAUCCGCCGAGCUUUUCCUCGGGAACCGCCCGCUUUGGGAGAUUCACUUCGUCAAGUACCCGACGACGAACGCGGCGGGAAACGUGGUCUUCAAGAUUCACCACGCCAUCGGCGACGGCUACUCCCUGAUGGCGGCGCUGCUCUCCUGCUUCAAGCGUUCCGACGACCCUUCCCUUCCCCUGACGUUCCCCGACAUCCGGAUCCGCCGCUCGGGUGACGCCGGCGGCGGGAAGAAGGCGGCGGUGGCGAGGGCUCUGGCGUCGGCUUUCAAUACGGUGUCGGAUUUGUGGACGAGCUUCUCCAAGACCAAGCUCCUGGCCGACGACCUGUCGCCCGUGCGCUCCGGAGAGACGGGAGUCGGGUUCCGGCCGAUCUCUGCGGCGACGAUGGCAUUCUCUCUUGAUCAAAUCAAGCAGAUCAAGAGCAAGCUGGGAAUGACAGUGAACGACGUGGUGACAGGGACCGUGUUCUUGGGGACGCGAAUGUACAUGAAGGAAAUGGAACCGGGUUCGGAGGACGCGGAGACCACAUCCAUCGUCGUUUUGAACACCAGGAUGCUCCGCAGCUACAACUCGGUCCACGACAUGAUGAUGAGCAAGGCGACCGAAUCUCCCUGGGGGAACCACUUCGCCUUUCUCCAUGUCGGCCUGCCCAAGCUGAUGCUCGGCGGCGCAACAGGUAACGAUGAUAACGGCGGCCGCCAGGAGUCGACGAUGGCACGCCGUUCGUUGGAGUUUCUGAAGGCGACCCAGAAGGUCAUCCAGAAGAAGAGAUCCUCCGUCGCCGUGCACCUCAACGGCGGCCUCAUUCAGCUUUACAGGAAGCUGAGAGGCUCCGAGGCAGCAUCUAGUUACGUGUAUUGGGCAGUGAAGAACACAAGCAUGGCAAUCACCAACAUGAUCGGUCCUACAGAGAAGAUGACCCUCGCCGAUCACCACGUCAAAGGCCUCUACUUUCUGCUUGCUGGCAACCCUCAGAAUCUGACGGUCACGAUGGUGAGCUACAUGGGACAGAUGAGAGUGUCCAUAGGAACGGAGAAGGGCUUCAUAGAUCCCAACAAGCUCAAGUCUUGCAUCCAAAGGGCUUUCGACCUCAUUCUCAAUUCUACUUGCUAGCCAAGUUUACGAUUGGCGACAUUGGAAAUGGCUGGCAGCACAAAAGAUUAAGAUGUGAUUUGUUGCAAUUAAACAGUGUGGGUGUAAUUUUCUCCUUUUUUCUCUUUUCUUCUUUUUCGCUUAUUGUUGGUUAUAUUUGAUGGGUUAAUGGAUGACUAUAAAACGUCAUGGACUUGCAUUCUGGGCUCCCAUCUAGUGGGACACCAAAACCAGAACUAUAUUGUUAGUAAGUUUGUGCUCUGUGUUUCAAUUUACUGGAGUUUGGUUCUAAAGUUUCAACUCACUGCUUCAAUUGCAAUUUACUUAUACUAGUACGGAAGCUCGCGCUGCGCGGCGGGAGGCGGC